AUGACUGUUCCUGCGCAGAUCCAGUCCUUCGUCACCGACUUCUACGCCAAGUCGGACGCGCGGAACAAGGCCGCGUGGGUCGACUGCUUCACGCCUGACGCCAACCUCGACCUGGCAGGCAAAGUCGUCAAGGGGUCCGAGGGGAUCGGCAAGGUCUGCGACGGCGUGUGGGAGGGCCUCAACCGGCGCCAGCACAACAUCAAGGGUGUCUACGUCAACCCUGCGGUGGAAGGCGACGCCGUCGUCCUCGGUACUAUCGACAUGGACCGUAAGGACGGCGUGGAGAUCCGCGGGGUUGAGUGGGGCGGCCGCAUGCAGUUCAAGGACGGCAAGCUCGCAGACUACAGGGUCUGGCUGAUUCCCGCUACCAAGUCUGGCUAG